UCUCAUAUUCAUUCAUUACAAUAGAUUUCAUUCUUUUUCUGUCAAAAUGGCGGCAGUGCAAGAGGCGAGACGCGAACCUAUUCAAGCCGUCCAAGUAUUCGGACGUAAGAAAACAGCCACAGCAGUUGCAUACUGCAAGCGUGGUCGUGGAGUGCUUCGGGUAAAUGGACGUCCAUUGGACCUUGUGGAGCCCCGUCUUCUUCAAUACAAAUUGCAGGAGCCUAUCUUAUUACUUGGAAAGGAGAAGUUCUCCGGCGUCGAUAUCAGAGUGACCGUUAAGGGUGGUGGUCAUGUUGCUCAGGUGUACGCUAUCAGACAAGCCAUCUCUAAGGCACUGAUUGCUUUCUAUCAGAAAUACGUAGAUGAGGCGUCAAAGAAGGAAAUCAAAGACAUCCUGGUACAAUACGACAGGAGUUUACUGGUAGCCGAUCCCCGUCGCUGCGAGCCCAAGAAGUUCGGCGGUCCAGGUGCCCGCGCCAGAUACCAGAAAUCAUACCGUUAAUACCAUUGUCAAUAUCGCCGAGUGGUAUCACAUUGAAUUGGUAUCUGUCACUGUGAUAUUAUUGGGUGUUUAAAAUAAAACUCAUAAAAACA